CACCUCGCGCACCACCGUCUGGUAGCCGCGGCCGCAGCACAGCAGCCGGCAGCCGUCCAUGCCGUAGCUGGUGUUGUUGCACGAGCGACCUGUGGUGCCCAGCACGGCUAGCCUGCAGGAAAAAAGAAGGCCUGCUGGCCACCUUGGGGCAUGACUCGCUGCUGGUUACUCCGGCCCCGUACCCGACAUCCUCGUCAGCCGCCAUGUACCAUUCGUACCACAACUACGAGGCUCUCCGGUGGCACAGCCGUCUGGCCGAGCUGGCCGGCAACGAGAGCGUCCGCGCAUGCCACACCAUCAGCCUGGCCGGCGUGGCGAUGACUGCAGCCAACGCUACGCUAGUGCCCUACGAUCGCAUCUGCUCAGCGCACUUCCUCAGGACGCCCGCGACGAGCAAGGACGGCUGGUCAUCGGUGGGCCGCCUGUGGGGCUCCGGCACCCUCGUGUCCUUCCUGUCCGUGGGCCGGGCGCGGUCCUUCGUUGCCGCCGUGCACGAGGAGGCUGGCUCGAACUGCCUCGGCUUCUGGGACCCCGAGCACGACGACUUCGCCGCUCGCUGCGGAGGACCCCAAUACCCGCUCAUCGGGGCUGUCGUGGGACGACUCGAGGAUGAGCGGAGACGUGAUUAA